AUGAGCAGUGCGGGUCCAGGUGCCAACAGUGUUCCGGGCUCGGUUCAGCCAACUCCGUCCCAGUACUAUCCGUACACUACCCUGCACGGUGCAGACGACGUAGGUUACGAUGCCAGCUUCCACAUCUUCCCGCCGGAUUACUAUGCGCCGGAAUGUGACUACCGGACCGAAAUUCUCGAUAGCAUGCGAAUUCCUCCAUCGCAGCGUUCGCAGCGAUUUCACAUCAGUAACAUCCUAGAACUGAACAGCCAGCAGCCACAGGGACCUGCAAGUAAAGAACAACCGAACGUGCCCAGCCUUGCGUCAAGCGUUCUACAUCAUCAGUCAACGCACCCGUAUCCGUUCACUCUGUCCGAGCUGGAAACACCACAACAUCUUCCACUCGAUGUUCCGCCUGCUGGAAGCUAUUCCGUAGCAGCUCCAGAAGAACAACCUCACCUAUCCUACGGAGCAGUUUCUUCCCAGGGAGCUUCUUGUUUACCACUGCAACCCGUCCUAAAUCCUUCCACUGUACCGUACGAUCCACCCCCGUAUCCGUAUUCCUACUCGCAUCAUGCCCAUCAUCUGUUUCCAGGGUCAAGCAGUGCCCUUGCAACUUCCGGUUCGGCCUCGGAGUCAGCUAGAACUCCCUAUCCAUAUGGUGCUUCCAACUUAGAUUAUGUUCCGUCGGUAAUCCAACAUAGUACAACGAGUGAAGCGACCAACGGCAACAGCCAACAACUCAGUCCAGACAGCACCUCUCCUGGUCCAGAGCUGUACUCUCUGGCGAACUACAACCACAUACCGCGUGUGGUCAACGAGGCGUCCGAUCGAUUGGCCGCCCUCGAUCACCACUCCUCCUCGCACGAUGGACCUGCGCUCGAUGCAGAAUGUUCCGUCGACACGAACAACAAUAAUCCCAGCGCAGAUGAUACUGGCCCAGAACUGGACUCACCACCAGCGCAACAGCAGCGCUCUAAUGGACAUCGAGGACAAAGCGAAACUUCCGGGUCCGUUGGUGGACACAAGAAACGCAAACGACGUAUUCUCUUCUCCAAAACGCAAACCUUCGAGCUGGAACGUCGCUUCAAGCAGGCGCGCUAUCUGUCGGCACCGGAACGGGAAUGCCUGGCGAACAUGAUCAACCUAACGCCGACGCAGGUGAAAAUCUGGUUUCAAAACCAUCGGUACAAAACAAAGCGAGCUCAGACGGAGAAGAGCUCCGGCUACGGACCGACCGUGCUUGGUGCGAGUCCUCCCAAGAAGAUCAAUCCGCCGGUGCUGGUGCGGGAUGGAAAGCCCUGCCAAGAUGUGCUCCAACAGCACCACCACCAUCAGCAACAGCAUCAAAUGCAGCAGCAACCGCACGCGCACCAGCAACAUCCAACUCACUAUCUGUCGGGUGGUGUGCACCACUCGUCAUUCGGAAGUGUUUCCGGUUCUGUACUGCAAACCCCCAGUGCAGGAACGCUCGCUGGAGGGCAUAGCUCUUCUCCUCGCAUGUGGUGAAUAGUUUGGCUGUUUAUAUUUUUGAAUUUUUAAAUCGAAUAAAGUGCAAUCUAUUUCAA